AAACUCUCCACCACAGUUUCCCAUUCAUUUAAAAUUGUGCCUUACAAGUGCAAAAGCAAAAGCAAAAACGUUACCGAGUGUGAAUAUAUAUGUGUCCAACGUCACAUAUGAGGUUGUAUGCAACGCGUAUGUACAUAUAGCCGAAUCAGCGAAAUAAAAGGUUAGAAAGCUGACACGAACAAUCUCCACCGAAGGCACAGUUGCGUCCACUCCAACCACAACUUCACAACAAAACGCCGUGCGCCAGCGCUGCGCCACCGCCAGAAAUAGAGAGUGGAGCAUAUAAAUCAUACGCUCCGCAAAUUUCUCCCCCGUUUUAUCUUUUGCGACAGAGAAGCGAAGAGGAAGUGGGAGAAAAAGAACGUUCUCGCUGUAUUGUUCGGCACAGUCCGGAAAAUGGUGGAUCAGUAUCUCGCCGGUACGGUUCUCGCCGCUAUUUUCGGGCUUGUGGCGGUUUAUAACUUGCUCUUAAAGAGAAGCGGCGGUAGGAUUGAAAGGGGCGAUGUUAACACAACGAGCAUUGUCGACAGCGAAUGCAGAUCAAGAAAUGACGGUCACAGAGAUGCCGACGUCAUUAUUGUCGGUGCUGGUGUUGCCGGUGCCGCUCUGGCUCAUACCCUCGGCAAGGAUGGUAGGAGGGUUCAUGUGAUUGAAAGAGACUUGACAGAGCCAGACCGAAUUGUUGGAGAACUGUUGCAACCAGGUGGUUACCUCAAGUUGCUUGAGUUAGGGCUGGAAGAUUGUGUGGAAAACAUUGAUGCACAAAGAGUAUUUGGGUAUGCGCUUUUUAAAGAUGGGAAGAACACUCGGCUUUCGUAUCCUUUGGAGAAAUUUCAGUCAGAUGUUUCUGGAAGAAGCUUUCACAAUGGACGUUUCAUUCAAAGAAUGAGGGAGAAAGCUGCUUCUCUUCCCAAUGUCAAAUUAGAGGAAGGAACAGUGACAUCAUUGCUUGAAGAGAAGGGAACUAUUAAAGGAGUGCAGUAUAAGUGUAAAUCUGGUGAAGUGUUGAAAGCCCAUGCACCGUUGACUAUCGUGUGUGAUGGUUGUUUUUCAAAUUUGAGACGGUCACUUUGCAGCCCCAAGGUAGAUGUGCCUUCUUGUUUUGUUGGUUUAAUCUUGGAGAACUGCCAACUUCCAUAUGAUAACCAUGGACAUGUUAUACUAGGAGAUCCAUCGCCCAUCUUGUUUUAUCCGAUAAGCAGUACUGAGAUCCGCUGCCUUGUAGAUGUUCCCGGUCAAAAGGUUCCAUCCAUUUCCAAUGGUGAAAUGGCCAAUUAUUUGAAGAAUGUUGUUGCUCCUCAGGUUCCUCCCGAGCUGUAUGAUGCAUUCAUAGCUGCUGUUGAUAAGGGCAAUAUACGUACGAUGCAAAACAAAAGCAUGCCUGCUGCUCCCCUGCCUACACCUGGGGCUUUACUUAUGGGUGAUGCGUUCAACAUGCGCCAUCCCCUAACUGGUGGAGGAAUGACUGUGGCCUUGUCGGAUAUAGUUGUAUUACGUAACCUACUCAAACCAUUGUAUGAUCUCCAUGAUGCACCCUCACUCUCCAACUAUUUGGAAUCCUUUUACACCUUGCGUAAGCCGGUGGCAUCUACCAUAAAUACACUUGCAGGUGCACUUUAUAAAGUGUUCUGUGCUUCACCCGACCAAGCAAGGAAAGAGAUGCGCCAGGCAUGCUUUGACUAUUUGAGCCUGGGAGGGGUUUGCUCGACAGGCCCUGUGGCUUUGUUAUCUGGUUUGAACCCCCGACCGUUGAGUCUGGUUUGCCAUUUCUUUGCAGUUGCAAUAUAUGGAGUUGGCCGUUUGCUGCUUCCUUUCCCCUCACCAAAACGCAUGUGGAUGGGGGCAAGAUUGAUUUCAGGUGCAUCUGGCAUUAUUUUCCCGAUUAUAAAGGCGGAAGGAGUAAGACAGAUGUUCUUCCCCGCAACAGUUCCAGCUUAUUACAGAGCUCCUCCUGCUAAAUGAGUUGUUUGCAGAUUGUUGUAUCUUUGACACACUUUUCCUCGCCCCUGCCCCUCCAUUUUCUCCCGCCUUAUUGGCUAAAUGAAAAAAUGAUUGUUUGUGAGUUACCAUAGUCUAUAAAGUGUGUUAGAAAAUCAUUUAUUGUGCAGCAAAUUGUAAUCACCUUUAUAUCAAACUACUUUCAACAUUCUCCUCGAUAUUUAUCAAGGGCAAAAUUUCAUAGUCUGUCAU